AUGUCACCGUAUAGGUUGGUGUAUGGAAAAACCUAUCAUCUGCCGGUGGAGUUGGAGCAUAAGGCCUAUUGGGCAAUGAAGAUCCUGAACAUGGAUUUAGCAGCUGCAGGAGAGAAGAGACUGUUACAAUUAGAUGAGCUGGAAGAAUUCAGAAAUGAAGCGUAUCAGAAUGCAAGGAUAUACAAGGAAAGGACAAAGAAAUGGCAUGACGAAAAUUUGGUUAGGAAGGAAUUUCAACCCGAGCAGCAGGUCUUACUUUUUAACUCAAGGUUGAAACUUUUUCCUGGCAAAUUGAAGUCAAGAUGGUCGGGACCGUUUAAAAUGGUUAAGGUAUUCCCAUAUGGAGCGGUGGAACUGAAAGGCGAGAGUCCAGAAACUUUUAAAGUUAAUGGACAGUGA